GAUCAUUACAGCUUUUCGAGGGUACCAGAAUAGUUCGAAACGUAUAUAAGGAAAAGUGUCGUGUCGUAAAAUUUUGGUUUCGCUUAUCCUCUGUGCUGCAGCGAAACCUUGAUCGCACAAUUUUGCCGCUGGGAUCAAUCCUUCGGGACCUACGUUGAACUUUUUAGUUCGCGUAUUGCGGUCUUUGGCGAGGAAGUUGGGACAAUUCGCCAUCAAUUGCAUAUGAACCGCCGGAGUCGAAAUUCGUAUUUUCAUCGAAAUAGAUAUCCUAUUUUCGGUACAAACGGUGAAGGCUAUCUGGAUUCAUAAGGAAACGAUCUGCGCUCUAAUUACCAUCAGAGUUACAAACCAUUAUCAUUGCAAUGGCACUAAGUCAAACGUCGGUGCUUAAACUCUACAACACCGUCAUCGAUGAUGUCGUUGGUGGCGUACGCGAUGCGUUUCUGGACGAGGGUGUUGACGAGCAGGUACUGCAAGAAAUGAAACACGUGUGGACUAACAAACUGAUGGCCAGUAAGGCGGUCGAGACGGCACCAGAGCCACAGGAACAGCAACAGCCGUCGAUUUUAGCUAACAGUACAAAGUCGGUGUCACAUUCUAAGGCAAAUGGCACGAAAAAAUCAAAAGCGGCCGCUGCAGCAGCCGCUGCUGCAGCCAACCAAGAGAACCAGAACGGCACUUCAAAGGGAGCUUCGACGGCCUCGGGUGCACAACAAAUCAAACCGGAACCGACGAACAGCCACACCGAAAUACAAAACAGCCAGCAAAUGCAACAGACACAACCACCACCUCUAGCUCAAACACAGCAACCAAUACAACAGCCGGUGGCUCCACAACAAGCGCCAGCACCACCGGCUGCUGUCGUAGCCUCACUCGAUCCCAACAAGAUGGUGGCCAUUCAGAUUACGCUACCUGCGCAACCGAAUGUACCAAACUCGCAGCCUCGAGUGCUCACAAUUCAAGUGCCAGCUUCGGCACUGCAGGAAAAUCAAUUACAACAAGUGCUCACGGGGCCGAUAAUUACCUCAAUUAUGCCAUUACCACCACAAAUUGCCUCUACCGUUCUGCAGCAGCACGUCAAUUCAUAUCUCCAAAACAACACAAUAAAUGCAAUUCAAAUCCACAAACAAAUGGACGGUGCCUAUGACAUGGUGGAAGUAACGCCUGAUACCAACUCCAAAGUAAACACGGAUAUAGCAACAGUAACGCUAACUGAUGUCUUAGACCAGCAUUUGUUGAAUAAAAUAGCAAACAGCACAAUCCCAUUAGCUUCUUCCAGCAAGACGAGUUGUAAGAGAAAACUCAAACAACACAGACCUGUGGUCAUCGAAAUCAAAUGUCAACUAGACGGUGCCGUUGAUACCUCUGACGAGGAAGCGAGUGACAUCAGUGAUGAUAACAUCGGAGAUGACGAUGAUGAUGAAUUGGACAAAGAGGAUGAUGAGGACCUGGACGGUGAUGGUGGUGCUGAAGAAGAACCAUUAAACAGUGAGGACGAUGUUACUGACGAGGAUGCCUCGGACUUGUUUGACACAGACAACGUGGUUGUUUGUCAGUACGAUAAAAUUACCCGAUCGAGGAACAAAUGGAAGUUCUAUCUGAAAGAUGGUAUUAUGAAUAUUACUGGAAAAGACUACGUGUUUCAAAAGUCGAACGGUGAUGCCGAGUGGUGAGUUUUCAUUUCCGCGAGGGUACAUGUAAAAUGUAGUUACAUAGGACAAAAGCUUGAAUUCCUUUCGCGUGUGAUUGAACAGUGAUAUGAUCUUCGAAAAUGAAAGAGCGUUCUGUUUUUUGUUAUUACCCUCUUUUACAAUUUGACUAUUUUUCCAUUCUAAACUUUCUAUGAUCAGGAUAAUGUGACAGUUUUAUUACUUAGUAUACACACAGUUUAUUGCCGAUUAUUAUUUACAUUCACAAAAGAAAAAGAAAAACAGCCUUGAAUAGAUAAUACCUAAAGAUUUCCUUAUGAUUCACAACAAUAAAAAAAACACCACAAAUUUUAGCCGUUAAGUUUUAUUGCCUUGUGGUGAUGUAACAAGAAUCCUUGUAAAAAUAAAAAACAAAGUGCACAAUUGAAGUUGCCACCUAAAUCUUAAGUUAUACUCUAUUCCCUUUAUAAAUUUGUUCUACUGAGCUAAAUACAGAGCAGAAUAGAAAAAAAGAACAUUUUAAAGAAAAUGUGCGGAUAAUAUAUCGAUGUAGACCGAUUAGAUGGGUCACUACAAUAAUAAUAUUAUCAUAAUACCAAUGUGUGCAUCUCAAAAAGGUCGAUUGCUUGAUUUUUCAUGUUUGCUUGUGCGAUAGAUAAGUCCACUCUGCGGGCACUAAAGAUCAACAAACUUGGGAAAACCAAUCAAAACAAUUAUGUAUAAUAUAUAAGCAUUUGCAAAUGAAAA